UCAGCCGAUCGUUCUGCUCGUGUGACGCUAUCCGAGCCACUCUUUCUUCCCGUCACAGUCUGAUGUCGCCUUCCAAGCUCCCAUCACUUACUCUUCUGUCGUUCUUUUGUUUGUUGUCGUUUAACGCUUCGCAGUUUCCUUGACUCCCUGCUUUGCCCAACAGGCCCCUCCUUCCCCCUAAUUUCGGUCCGUAUGCCACAAGCCCUCAAUCUGGUCCGGUCCGCCACUAUGCUUCGUGGACUUCGAUUAUAUAUACUACCCAAGGCCCUCCCCCGCCAUUAUCAACACCUACCGACCAUCCACCAAGUAACAACAUCUUUCGCCUGCCACCACAUCGCGCCUACUCGUCCUCUGCCCUUCCUGGCCUGACAGACGACGAUACCUAAUAACAAUGGGACGCCCUCAUCGCCGAGAAGCUGAUAUCGAACAGGACCCUUAUGAGUCCUCCGGUCGCUCUUACACGCCUGCCGCUGGCCCAUACAACCAACACCCCCCUCGCGGCCGUAGCCCCGGUAGCCGGCGUCGCAACAUGUCUGAGCCCGCCGCCGCCGCAGCUACUGCCUACGACGACUUUCAACGUGAUCUCGAGCCCAAGGAACAACCACGGGAACAUCCUGAGAGCCACAAGCACCGUAAAGACACGGGACCAGGAGCCCACGCUGCCUACUCUGAGCCGAGGCAAGCCCGCAGGAACCAUAAGAACCGCUACUACGACGACGAUAAUGAUGAUGUCUUCCCCAGCCGCGCUCGGAGUCACGGCCGCUCCGCCCACGAAACCCCCUCUGCCCGCCAUCAUCGCACCGCCGACGACCGCCGGAAUGACUUUGACACUUACACACCGGCAUCUCGUCACAGCCGUGAGCGGCAGCAUGCCUACCACCCACCCAAGACAAGCGAAACGAGGCGCCCUAAGUAUACAGACUUCGAGGCCGACCAGCGUCAGACCGACUAUCGGCGCCCCCGCUACGCCGAUUACGACGAUGCUGAUAUGCGAACUGCCGAGCCUCAUCGGUCCCAAUACCAACGGUAUGGCGCUGAGCCGCGUGGGAAUGACAGACGGCAGGCGCGUCACGCCGACUACGAAGAUGUUCCCCGCGGCGGUGGCGAAUCGUACCGCGGCCGCUAUGCUGAUUAUGAGGCUAAUGCUCGUCCCCAGCCACGGGAUUACACCCCCUCGGGUCGCGGCCGCUUCAGAAAUGAAUCUCCCGACCGAUAUGCUCAGCCUAGCAGCCAGCAGCGCCCAGUCAGAGGUCGGUCCAUGCCCAGGAAAGGGGUGAAGGGAGUUGGUCCCGCCGGCAGCGCUCGGCCUCGGGCCAAAUCAGCCGUCGGUUAUGCCGCUCUUGGCGAAGCUGCGCAGACAGCAUUCAGAGUUGGGAGUCAGGCGGCUUUGCAGAUGCGGAGCGAGCCCGGUCCCUGGAUCGGCGAGAAGGGUACGCGGGUGGCCACAGCGGCGCUUGGUGCCGCUCUGGUUGAUACUUUUGUUGGUCACAAGGCUACCGGUAUAAGGGGCGGUAUGCGCCAUCAGGCGCUCCGUCAAGCAUGCGAGAUGGGCAUCCGCAACUUCGUCAUACAGCCUACUGUCAACACGGCAACCCGUCGCAGUGGUGCCGGCGGCGGCGACGGUUACAGCAGUGGCGGCCAUGGUAGCAGCGGUCGCAAGCGACAUUGAGAAUGCCUUCUUUGAUAAGAACUCUCAUUAGGUCUGUUUCGUCCCCAUUUUUUUCUUUGUGCCGUCCGGCUUCUCAUACACGUCGCCUUUCGUUUCUUGUCUCCUU